CCUCCAUCCAAAUAGCGGCAUGAUGUAUCCGGUCGGAGAUCAGUCCAACAUCAACACCAACAGGCACAUCCACAUGCGCGGUGAUAUACGACUAGUACGGCUCAAGGCAGUAUCGACAACUUGUUGGGCUCUCACAAAGUGGUUUGCCGGGUGUCACGGCCAAUUCUGCCCUGUCCGGCUUCCGUCAAAACGCCGUCUCCCUCCUGGGCUUCCUGCCUGCACCGACAUCACAUACUCAGAAAUGACCUGUAAUACACUUUGAGGCUGCAACAAACUGAGCCAAAAUGGACGUGGCAUCAGCCGUCCAGAAUUAUAUCUCCAAGAUUGCAGGGGUGGGGGAAGGGGCUGCGGCGUCACAGUCAUCGAAAAUGAAGAUCUUGAUCUUGGAUAGAGAUACCGUUCCAAUCGUCUCGACCGCAAUCACCCAGUCCGCCCUGCUCAAGCACGAAGUAUUCCUCAUCGAUCGACUGGAUAAUCCGGCGCGGGAACGCAUGCGCCACCUCAGAUGUCUGUGCUUUGUCCGGCCCUCACCCGACUCGAUACAGUAUCUCAUUGACGAACUCCGAGAUCCGAAGUAUGGGGAAUACAACAUCUAUUUCAGUAACAUCGUUAAGAAGUCAUCGCUGGAAAGGCUGGCAGAGGCGGACGACCAUGAGGUGGUCAAGUCAGUACAAGAGUACUUUGCAGACUAUAUCGUGAUCAAUCCAGACUUGAUGUCGCUGGACUUGGGAUUUCCAAAACAGCGACUCUGGAGUCACAGUCCGGACAUAUGGAAUACGGAUGCAUUACAAAGAACAACCGAGGGGAUAAUAGCAUUGCUGUUAUCCCUGAAGAAGAACCCUCUGAUCCGGUAUCAGAAGAACAGUCUAAUGGCCAAGAAACUUGCCACGGAGAUUCGAUAUCAAAUCACCCAAGAAGAACAGCUCUUCGACUUCCGAAAACCAGACACCCCGCCGAUUUUGCUAAUCCUGGACCGGAGAGACGAUCCUAUCACUCCACUACUUACUCAAUGGACCUAUCAAGCCCAGGUUCAUGAAUUGUUGGGCAUAAAGAACGGCCGUGUUGACUUGUCCGGGGUGCCUGACACACGUCCCGAAUUGCGCGAGAUAGUCCUCUCUCAGGACCAGGAUCCAUUCUUCAAGAAGAAUAUGUACCAGAAUUUUGGCGACCUAGGUGGCAACAUCAAAGAAUACGUUGACCAGUACCAAACGAGAACAAAAUCCAACGCUCAGAUCGAAUCCAUAGCCGACAUGAAGCGCUUUGUCGAGGACUAUCCAGAAUUCCGCAAACUUUCGGGGAACGUCUCCAAACACGUCACUUUGGUUAGUGAACUCAGUCGUCGAGUGUCGGCAGACUCACUGCUGGACGUCUCGGAGCUCGAGCAAAGUCUGGUGUGCAACGACAACCACGCUGCCGACCUGAAGACCCUGCAAAGACACAUCCAAAACCCAAGCAUUCCAGUCGACAACAAGAUCCGUCUAGUGGCGCUGUAUGCGAUUCGCUACGAGAGAAACCCUAACAACGCACUUCCCGUGCUCCUCGACCUGCUCGCGACAGUAGCCGACAUCUCACCGAACAAACUAUCCAUCAUCCCUAAACUCCUCGCCUACCAUCACAGCUUGCAGCCCGCCCCUGUGGCAGGUGGCUUCACCGAUCUCUUUGACUCUGCCACCUCCCCUUUCAGCCAGUUCCGACGUAAUCUUAACCUCAAGGGUGUUGAGAACGUCUACACCCAGCACUCACCCCGGCUCGAGACCACCUUGCAGAAUCUUAUCAAGGGACGGUUAAAGGAGUUACAAUAUCCUUUCUUAGAGGGCCACACACGUGAUAAGCCGCAAGAUAUCAUUGUGUUUAUGGUCGGCGGCACCACGUACGAGGAGGCCAAGACGGUCGCGCAGAUCAAUGCCUCAGUGCCCGGUGUUAGAGUCGUGCUGGGAGGUACGAAUGUGCUCAAUUCCACCAUGUUUCUUGAAGAGGUCGAUGAUGCAGUAGGGAGCUGGCCGGAUCAGGCCCCUGCAACGGCCCAGGGGAGACUAGGCAGGGCUGUUGGGCGAUAGAGCUUUACGUACCGUCCUACAUUGAUCAAAACGCUGCUGUUAUUGCCGCGUUGUAGUUUCUGGCUAGUCACUGGCUUGUCGUGAAGGUUGUCCACUGCCCAAAGGACCCGAAAUAUUUCUACAAUAUUCUUCGGUGACAGUAAGACCAUACAGAAAGCCGACAUUCACGGCAUCUGACACGCCUCCAUGCUCCGGGAUAUGAAUCUCGUCAAAUGCUAGAACCCAUUCAAGGCUUUUUGGACAUGGCAUCAGCCUCAGCCUCGACCUUGGCCUCGUUUCUCUCAGCAUCCCUUUUCUCCGCUCUGGCAUCAAUCUCCUCGGUGGUCAAGAUCUUGACAGCAUCCUUGUUCGAGACAUAGCUCAACCCACUCCACACCGUGGUCCCGGCAACGAGGUACUGCCACCCCUCAAAUAUGCCAGUGAGAUUGUACGCGUUCACCAGAGCCUCGGGAAGUACCGGCAACAACAUGGCAUUGCCCACCAGCAGCAGUUGCAGGAACGUGUUGAUCUUCGAGAUCUCAGUAGGGUGCACCUCGGCCGACGGCAAACUGAAAUCCCAGUAGCGCGCCAUGGUCUUGGGCGGAGGCAGUGAGAUCCAACGGAAAUAGAUGGCCGAAAUGGCCAAUGCGACGUCGCGCCCGAGAAUGAUAACGGACAGCCAUAGUGGGAAGGUGCCGUUCAUGGUCAACGUCACCACCGCGAUCGUCAUCAGUGCCUUGUCCGCCAUCGGGUCGAUUACGGUCCCCACUACCGUUUGUGCAUUAUACUUGCGCGCCAGGUAUCCGUCUACCAUGUCGGUGACGCCGGCGUAGAAGAAUAGCGAUAGCGCCCACACCGGUUGCGCGUGCAGAAUAAAGUACCCUACCGCCGGGGCGGCGAGCAGUCGGGUGAAUGUUAAAAUGUUCGGGACGGUGUAGAUGUUUUCGUGUUGCACUGGUUGUCGUAGCUUGGGGAUGAGCUUUUUUAAUUUGUCUUUUGUAGGCGUGGUCGCCGCCGAGGGUGACGAGGGCGUGGACGUGGGCGUGGGAGUUGAUGUGGUUGCUGUUGAAUCGGAGGUGUUGGAGUUUGACCUGCGGAAAUAAAGAUGACAUGUCAAUUCAGAACAUACCACGUGCAAGAGUAAGAGGAUAAGGAAUCGCCCAGGUGAGUGGUAGAACGGAAUUUGGCCUGCAAGUUGGGAUGGAGGUCCGAUGCAAAGACGGAGCAAGACGGUUUGCUAGACCACCAGGCACGCUCCAAGGAGCUUUUGCUUUAGCUGGAGGGCAUGAUCGAAUAGUCCUCUGUAUUGUCCAUCCAUAGGAAGGAAAACAGAGCAUCACCCAGCAUGCUUGGAGCCUCGUUCUUUGCUCCGAGGCUUGAACAGGCGCACCAGGCGAACAAUCAAAAUCCGAGCAAAAUAGUGCUAGCCGUGUACAUGUAGAAAUCAAGUGUUCACUGCUCACUGAGUGGUGGCUUACCUAG